AUUGAGGGUGAAAGAUAUUAUCUUCGCAUGCUACUCCAACAUGUAAGAGCUCCAACAUCGUUUUCCAGUCUAAAACUUGUGGAUGGUUAUAUAUACAGCAGCCACAUUCCGAGAAGGUGCAGAGAGAAUGGGGCUUCUAACAGGAAAUGCUACUGCUGAUGUUUGCCUUGAAGAGGUUGUGAUGUAUCAAAUGCCCAGUAGCUUGCGGAGAUUAUUCACGACAAUAUUGGUGUUUUGUGACAUUCCAAAUCCAAGAGAGUUAUGGGCUAAAUACAAAAUGUAUCUAUAUGAAGAUUUUUCACAGGUACACAUCUACACUCCAUUGGAAAUGGAAACAAUGAAACUAAAACUUAUUGGAGAUAUUACUGAAGCACUUGGAAAAAGUAUUCUCACAUUUAACCUAACAGACUGUGCCAUACCCCUAACAAUUGCUGAAAUUCAGGCACGAGAAUUAAGAGCAGAAUACAACAUAAAUAUAAGCGAGCAAGACCUUCAAUGCGCUCAGAUUCUCAAUCGCGGACAACAGAUUGCAUUUGACUCUAUUAUGAAGAGUGUGACAGCCAAGAAACCUACAAUGUUUUUUGUAGAUGGCCCUGGUAGAACCGGAAAAACGUGUUUGUACAGAGCAUUACUUGCAACAAUCCGGAGCAAAAAAUGGAUAGCUUUAGCUACUGCAACAUUAGGCAUUGCUGCUUCUAUUCUUCGUGGAGGCUGCACGGCAUAUUCUAGGUUUAAAUUACUGUUGGAUGGAAAUGAUAGAUACACCUGCAACAUUGGUCUUCCACCCCACACAUUAGUUCUAAAAAAGAAUUGUCCAGUAAUUCUUCUACGCAACCUAAACCCGUGUGAAGGCCUAUGUAAUGGAACGCGCUUAAUUUGUGAUGCAUUUCACGAUCAUCUGAUAAGUUGUUUCAUUGCUUUUGGUGCAUAUAAGGGAAAGCAUGUCUUCAUACCAAGAAUUCCACUUGAAAUGUCUAGAGAUGAACGUUGCGCAAUCCCAUUUAAGAGAACUCAAUUUCCCGUCAAACUCUACUUUGCAAUGACAAUAAAUAAAUCAAAGGGUUACACACUCGAAUUCGCAGGAAUCUUUCUAAGGCGACCUGUCUUCUGUCAUGGACAACUAUAUGUUGCAAUGUCGCGGGCCAAAAAUGCUACCUCCAUCAAGAUGCUUAUUAACGAUGAAAUAGAUAAUUCGAAGACCACAAAUGUUACCGCAAACAUAGUAACAAUGGAUGCAAAUCAAGAAAUUACAGACGUCACUCCCAGUUCUAAAUCAUGGGGUUGCAAGGUCAUAGUGCUAGAGAAGCUUAACGAGCGUCAAUCAAGGGGAGUAACAUACAGGGCCAUGAUCAUGGAGGAUAGUAAAGGCCAUAAGGUGAAAGUAAUGACCUACGGACAAGAUAUCACCAUUCUUGACAAGCGGCUUGAAGUGAACAACACAUACAAGAUUUUCAACGCAAAGGUUUCUCAAGCCAUUCAAGGAUGCAAACCUAUCACUUUGACACUGUGGGACACUUUCGCAGAAGUCCAGGGGUGCGAAAUUCAGCAGGCACUGCAAUCCGGCUUUUAUCCCACAAUAAUUGCAAGGAGGAUAUCAGCAACAUCUUUCAAAGUGUCUUGCAGGAAGUCUUCAAAUACAGCUGCCUUAGAGCACGCCAUUGAGAUGAAAAAAUGGCUGGACCCCUUAUCUCUGUUUGCAAAGCCUGACGAUAUUCAAACAACACCAAUCUCUGAAGUGGCAUGUACAAAAAACGAGGAGGACGUCCACUGGGUUGAAGGACAGUUGCAGGUCUUAGAACCUGGAGACAUUACAUUCUACAUUGGUUGCAGCAGUUGCAAUAGAAAAGUGGACUACAUAGAAGAAAUCAAUUUUAAAUGCAUGCUGUGUGGUGACCCUGAAGCAAAAACCAUUAAGAGAUUCAGAAUUCUUGCCGAAAUAAAAGAUGAGCUUAGUGCUUUACAAGUCACUCUCUUCACCGACACACUCGAAAAGAUUAUACGAGCACUUGAAUUGAAUACACCAAUGGAAUCGAUAAAAUGCAGGGAUUUGAACAACAGUCUUGAAUCUCAGAAUGUGACGGCUGCAGUGAAACUACCACCUCGCACCGAUGAAACAUCUACAUCGAAGACAUUCUCAGUUCUAUGCGUGUACGACCUUCGUGAUGAAAAAACUGCAAGUCCAACCCUUAAGAGAAAGCUCAAAGUGGAAGAACCCAGCCCCAAAAAACAGUGCUGAGACAUUUCAUCAUUGUAGAAGUCUUUUGGCCUUAAAUCCUGCUAGCUUGGAAAGCUUAGAUCAGUACAUGUGCAAUGCAUUUUGUCAUGUAUACCUACCUAGCCCGUUGUUAAAAUCUUACUUCACUACUACUAACACCCGGCUACAAGGAACAAAAUAAGUUCCAAAUUUUUUCACUCCCUCUAAUACAGUUUGUAAACUGUAAUAUAUUACAUCUAAUGUA